GUCUUUCUCUUGGGCUUUUCCUGUCGUUUCUCGAUUCGACCAUCGUCGCAACGAGCCUAUUCGCCAUCGGGAAUGAAUUCGGCGACUUGGCGUCUGCGAACUGGGUCGCGCUGGCCUACACGCUGACCUAUCUCGGGUGCGCGGUGCUGUUCGCCCGGAUCUCCGACAUCGUCGGCCGCCGCGCCGCUUUCAUGGCGUCCUAUGUCAUCUUCUUCGCCUUCUCGAUCGGCUGCGGCUUCGCCCAGAGCAUGGGCCAGCUGAUAGCCUGCCGGGCCUUGCAAGGGAUAGGGGGCUCAGGUAGGUAGUCAUACCUAAUACCUACAUGUCGCUUCCGGGGGUCAUGAAGGUGGCAGGAAAACAACGAUUAACUGCCCGCAGGCCUGUAUUCCCUAACCAUGACUAUAUUCCCCGAGGUCUGCCCGCCGAGGCUGCACCAUAUCAUCGCCGGCGUGAUCGGGAUUGUCAUCACCGUAUCGAGCGUGCUUGGCCCCAUCCUGGGCGGACUCUUAACGCAGUUCACAACUUGGCGCUGGGUGUUUUGGAUAAAGUACGCAUCUAUAUAGCCCUCCCUCCCCGCCGUAUGCUUCCGCCCAGCAAUGCUGAUGGCGUUUUCCCAGCGGGCCUAUCGGCGUUGUGUCGAUGCUUCUUUUCUACCUCAUGUGGCCGAAGCCUCACCAUUUGCCGGCCAUCGAGCGAAGGUCUUGGAAGGAGCUUGAUUAUUUCGGCUCGAUCCUCUUGAUAUCUUUUGCAGUUUUGAUCGUUUAUGCUUUCCAGAGCGUCGGAAUCGACUCCGAUCGGUGGUCCCAGGCUGUAUUUAUCGCCCCCCUGGCUGUCGGAGUGGUUUCGGCUAUUGGGUUAUUACUUUGGUCUCUCUUCGUGGAGAGACAGUGGGGGGACGCAAUGGCCGCCGCGCUACCCAUGAACCUACUGCGUGAUCGCGUAUACACCUCCGCAGCGCUCAACACGAUGUUCCUCGGAUUUCCCUACAUUCUCAUCAUCUAUGCGUUUCCCCUGAGGCUUCAAGUUGUCAAUGGCAAAGAUCCCCUUAUUUCGGGUGUCUUCCUACUUCCAAUGCUGGCGUGUACGGCAAUAGGAUCUGCCCUAUCUGGGUUCAUCAACGGAGAGAAGGAUAGGGCAUUUGCUUCGCUGCUUGCGGCCAACUCUCUGAUGAUUAUAGGCUGCGGUCUCCUCUCGACUCUUUCGGCGUCGUACGAGAUCGAAGCGCGGGCUCUCGGCUUUUUGGUUUUUAUUGGUCUCGGGUUCGGAAUGGUUGUCUCCACGGCUACCAUGUUAUCGUCGCUUCGGUCGUCGAUUAGAGACCACGCUCCCGCGCAAGGUAUAAUGGCCCAGGUCCGUGUCUUGGGUGGCAGCAUCGGUAUCGCGGCCUCUUCCGUCAUUCUGAGUGUUACACUCGGAGACGAAGUUGGAGUUGUCAACUCUUCUCAGUUGGCUUUACUUGAAAGUGACCAUUCCAGAGAGGCCGAGAUGCAACUAACCGCGAUCAGGGGCCGGUACUCUGACGCAUUUAAUACAGACAUGAGGGUCUGCACUAUUGUUGCCAGCGUAGCGAUUCUUUUCACGUUCGGGACGUUUACCCGGAAUAGGCUUACGGUGGCAGAGCGUAGGGAGUUGCAGAAACUCAACGAAGCGGCAAGGAGGGAGGCCACAGCAUCGGACUGAACUCCGGAGCUUUGGCUACCUCAAUAAAGAGUUAUUGGUACUUUGAUACUCUAUUAGGGAUAAGGCAGCUCAAGUUUCCUAGGUCGAAAGAUGCUCUUAGAAUAGUUUAGAAGGCUGGCAUACACCCGUUGGAAUACUAAAUAAUAGACACAAUUGCCCUUAGUUCUAGCACUAACCCUAUCCAUUGAAAGCAAG